AAAAGAUCUUGAAGAUCAAUUUCUUGUGGAUUCUGCUGCUUCUCACUGCCAGAGAUGGCAUAAACUGGCAAUGGCACUAUCGCCAAUUUCUAAUCUUGGAUGUGAAGCCUAAUAUGCCAACUUAGCUUUUGAAAACUCCUUAUAGCUCUUGGCCUUUUUAUUCACAUAUUUUUUACAAGGAUUUAUUCUACAUGCAUGCAUGGAUACUGUAAAUUUCACAAACUAAUUCUUGAGAAAGUUAUUAUUUAGCUCUUUAUUUUAAUUUUAUAGUAUGAAUCCGCAUAAAUCCCGACCUAGAUAAGUAUCUUUCAUGUCGGAGAUCAUAAUUAGGAGUAGCUUCCCCAUGUAAACCUCUAAGAUUUCUUCAUAUUCUAUAUAAGCCAUAAUUCAGAAUCACAAAUAUCCUCAAAAAAUAAUCUAUUGGGAAUAUUUCCACCAUGUUUCCUCUACUUCUGUUUCAAUGGUUUCUGUUCCUUUCCAUUCUCUUAACCUCUGCAACAGCACUUCUUAAUAUUCCAAGGCUUAGUCCAAUAGGACCAAGAUUUCUUGAAGACCCAGCUGAGGUUUUGUCUGAAAAAACCUCAGAUGAUUUGCAGACAUUCUUUUACAACCAAACUCUUGAUCACUUCAACUACAAACCUGAAAGCUACAAUACCUUUGAACAAAGAUUUGUCAUCAGUUCCAAACACUGGGGAGGUGCUAAUUCUAAUGCACCAAUUCUUGUCUAUUUUGGAGCAGAAGCUUCACUGGACAGUGAUCUUGCUGCUGUUGGGUUUCUCUCAGACAAUGCUUUUCGAUUUAAUGCUCUUCUGCUGUAUAUAGAGCACAGAUAUUAUGGGAAAUCAAUCCCGUUUGGGUCAAGGGAUGAAGCUUUGAAAAACGGAAGCACUCGUGGGUAUUUUAACUCUGCACAAGCUAUUGCAGAUUAUGCAGAAAUUAUCAUUCACGUCAAGAAAAGCUUCCGUGCUGAAAAUUCUCCGGUCAUCGUCGUCGGAGGAUCCUACGGCGGAAUGCUGGCUUCCUGGUUUCGACUCAAGUAUCCUCACAUAGCCCUGGGAGCUUUGGCUUCAUCAGCACCUGUUCUUUACUUUGAUGAUAUUACUCCACAGGAUGGAUACUAUUCUAUUGUUUCCAAGGAUUUCAGAGAAGCUAGUGAGACUUGUUACAAGACAAUACAGAAGUCAUGGGCAGAAAUUGAUGAAAUUGCUUCUAAACCCAAUGGCCUUUCAAUCCUCAGCAAGAAAUUCAAAACUUGCAAACCAUUAGCCGACUCUGAUGAGCUGAAAGAUUACUUGGAUUCAAUGUAUAGUGGCGCUGCUCAGUACAAUAAGCCACCCACAUACCCUGUGAAUAGAGUGUGCAGUGGCGUAGAUGGUGAUUCUGGGAAUGAUACUCUCACCAAAAUAUUUGCUGGUGUUUUUGCUUACAGGGGAAACAGAUCUUGCUAUAUUAAUGCACCCACGAAUGUUUCUGAAACAAAAUUAGGGUGGAGAUGGCAGACAUGCAGUGAGAUGGUGAUACCGAUUGGCCGUGGGAACGAGACCAUGUUCCCACCUGACCCUUUCGAUCUCAACACCUAUGUCCAAGAUUGUAAGAAUUCAUAUGGUGUUUCACCUCGACCUCAUUGGGUCACUACCUAUUAUGGAGGCCACAGUAUAAAACUUAUUCUCCAGAGGUUUGGUAGCAACAUCAUUUUCUCCAAUGGAUUGAAAGAUCCUUAUAGCAGCGGCGGGGUGUUGGAGAACUUGUCAGAAACAAUUACUGCUGUUUAUACAGUUAAUGGGUCUCAUUGCUUGGACAUACUGGUUGCAAACAAAACGACUGAUCCAGUGUGGUUGGUCGCACAAAGAGAAGUUGAGAUCAAAACUAUUGAAGGAUGGAUUAACAAGUACUAUGAUGAUCUAAGGAAUCAGCAAUGAAAACUACGCCAAAUUUGUUAUUAUCUGGAAUGGGAUUAAGGGUAGUGGAAAUAUAUUCUGAGUAAAGGACUGGAAUAUACAUGAAAUCAAGGCCUUUGCCAAAAAAUCCAAGGCUAGGUUUCCAAAUACUAUGCUAAUUUUAUUGACUUUAAAAUCCUAAAUAUACCGUGUGAUUAAUUCACAAAAUCCCAAAACAACACCUACCAACUUUACGUUUGUCGAGUUGUCCACGCUUUAAAUUAUAAAAUAAAUUUAUUUAGACCAAAUUUAUACAAAUUAUUAUAAAAAAUUCCGAAUGAAAAUGAGCUGGAAAUGGCCUCUCUUUAUAUAAAAUAAGAAAUAAUCUGAGAAUGUCCUCGACAGAGAGACCAAGAAGUGUGCUGUUUCCAGGGGGAUUGCUACUCUCCAGUGAGAUGCUGUCUGCUAUUGCUAUGGGUCUGCACAUCUUUGUGGUUGUUGGUGGAGUCAAUUUUCUUAUUCUUUUGUCUCCUGGAAUUUAUUUAUUUAUUUAUGGUCUUGUUUGUUACCAACCCUUAACGUUUUUUGGUCUCUGGUAAAUUUUGUACUUGCUUGUCUUCCUCUUUAGUGUUUUCA